AUGUAUGCUUCAAAUGCUAAAGUUGUUUGGGAUGACUUGUUCGAAAGAUUCAACAAGGUGGAUGGAUCAAGAACAUUUAAUCUUCAUAAAGAAAUUGCCACCUUAAGUCAAGGCACCAGUUCUGUUUCUGUAUACUACUCUAAACUCAAAGGGUUGUGGGAAGAGUUUGAAGCUCUAGUCCCAGUCCCAGGAUGUUCGUGUGAGGGAUCAAAAGAAUAUGGGGUGCAUCUACAAAGUCUGAAAUUGUUUCAGUUCCUCAUUGGGCUGAAUGACUCCUAUCUGCAGGCAAGAAGUCAGAUUUUGAUGUUGAAACCAGUGCCUAGUGUUAAUCAGACAUAUUCUAUGAUUCUAAGUGAUGAGAGUCAAAGAUCAGUUGCAACAAAUGCAGGAGUGUUAGGUACUGGUCCAGCUAAGAUUAAGCCACCAAAUCAAAACCAACUAGAGUCCUGUACAUUGACUAGAGAGCAGUAUAAUCAGGUCUUGCAACUUCUUGACAAGAAGUCAGAGGUUCCACAUUGUGUAAAUGCAUCCAUCUCUAAAGUUGAUAAUCCAAAGAAAGUGCAUCUUCCUAAUGGGGAUAAAGCUUUAGUUACUCAUCUAGGUUCUAGCAUAUUAGAUGGGACAAACAAAGUGUCAGGAGAACUCUUCAGUGAAAAGGUGAAGAUGAUAGGUAGAGAGGAUGAAGGAUUGUACAUUCUAGCCAACAAAAUAGAUAAAAAAGAUGUUGUGUUGUCAGCCAGACAUUCUGAGCUUAGUGAUAAACAUAUUGUACAAAUUGAUGUUCAGUUACUUCAUAAAAGACUUGGUCAUAGUUCUAGUUCAGUACUUAAAAAGUUGUUAAAUCUUAGUUUGGCGGAUAUUACAAAAUCCAUAAGCAACUGUACUAUAUGUCCUUGUGCCAAACAAGCUAGAAGUCCUUUUCCUAUAAGUACAUCUAAUAGCUUGAACAACUUUGAUUUGUUACAUAUGGAUGCAUGGGGUCCUUAUAAAAGAUCUACUUUUGAUGGUUUUAAGUAG